AUGAAGAAAAGCCUCCGAAAACACCUUGUUGCUCGCAAUUUUACAGGUCCAUUCGGUGAGAUCACUUUCACUCCGAGGCUCGUGUCGGUGGACCUGAACGGCAGCGCUCGGUCUCUUCCUUGCCGCGCCCCUGCAGUCGAUGACGAUCACGAGCGGUGGACUUCCACGAUCUGGACGGGGAAGACGGAGAAGCAUCUCGCCACGACAGGUUUCCCUUGCACUCGUUGGAGCGAGUACCUGCGAGUGGAACUUCACCCGCGGUCCCUUCACCCGAUCCCCUCGCACGCGCACGACGACGGGGAGCACCCUCUGGGUGCCUUCCCCCUCGCACGGGAGAUCUGGUCCCGCGGAGAAUCGCCGUGGAAAACGGACAUCGUGGAUGCCAUCAGAGCGUACGGCGAAGAAUGCGACAACCUCCAGGGAUUCGUCGUGUUGGUGGAUGCCGACGAUGGAUUCGGCGGGAUCGGAUCCCACCUCCUGGAGCACCUGGACGAAGAAUAUCCGCGAAAGGGAUGUUUGGCGAUCCCGAACGCGGAACUGCCCGGAGAAGACGCUCCCGGCCUUCUGCUGUCCCUGAACCGCCUCCUCUCGUUGCAUUCCGUCCUUUCCUCGGAUGCCGCAGCGUGCAUCCCCCUCUCCCUGGCGACCUCGUGGGCACCGCGUGCCUCAGCGAGGGUCUUCCCUUCCCUCGUCUACGAUGGAAGGAAGAGGUACGAAGCAGCCGGGAUUUUGGCGACGUGUCUCGAGUCACUCACCACUCCAUUCAGGUCGAGACGCGACAAGCUGAUGGACUUGAGAAGACUGGCCGACGGCGUGUGCAUCGGGAGCCUGCGACUCGCCGCCCCGCGCCUCUCCUUCCCCACGCGAGGCGACGACGUCCAGUCCGCGAUCGGAGACUCGGUCCCCCUCCUCCCGUCCGCGAAGGAGAAGCCCCUCGCUCCCCCCUGGGCGUGCCACGUCGUCGCGAGGGGGGGCCUCAGACGCCCCCCGCCGAGGUCGGACGCCUCCCCUUCCUCCUCCCCGAGGUCGAGCGAGUCCGGUGCGGAGGAACGGCGCGAACGCCUGCUCGCCUCCGCGAGGAACGUCUACCCGGGAUGCCGGGUCGUAGCGACCCGAACGGAGGAGAUGAUCACCGUGAAGGCGCCUUAUCCUCGAGACAUCCUAAGGGGAUUUCCCGACGGCUCAAAGUGUCCAGAGGAAUUGCCGUGCCUGAGUCUGCUGGAGAACGGGGCGGACUGCGGCGCUUCCCUUCGGGAGGCGAUCGGCUGCGUGGAGGGGAUCCGUCUCGCGUCGCUGCCGCUCUUCGCGUCGUCCGGGCUGGAGCAAGACGGUUUCGGCGAGGCCGUGGAGGCCUUGCGGACGCUGGUCGACGGGUAUUCGCAGCGGGAUUCGUGAUGGCUUUCGGUGUCUUUUUGUACACGUGGC